GCAGAGUGAGCUGGAUGACCCAAUCAAGCAUAAUGCUCUUCUUCUCCCUCCUGGUGUUUUAUGUUCUGAGCGCAUCGUGCUCAGAGCAGCUAAGCCGCCACAGAAGAGCCUGGAUCAUCGAGUCCUUCACCAUCGAGGAGGGACAUCCAGGACCCUUUCCCUAUAAACUUGGCACGAUCCAAGUAGUUCGGGAUAAUGGGAUCUACUUUGAUCUGUUAGGGGAGGGAGUGGAUGAGGAGCCAAAAGGAGUCCUGUCCAUUGAUAAGAAAUCUGGUAUCGUGUAUGUCAACAAGCCUGUGGACCACGAGGAGAAGACUGAAUUAAAGCUGAAACUGAAGGCAAAGAAAGAAGAUUUUUCCAUCAACACUGAAUUAGGGGUUUAUAUUUCCAUAGUGGACAUAAAUGACAACCCUCCACGCUUUCAGAACGAUCUAUAUGAAAUCAGCGUCAGUGAGGAGAAAGAACAAGGCUCAAGUCUCCUGAGGGUUUUGGCCAGUGACAGAGACCAGAGAGGAACAGCAAACUCAACAUUUCACUAUGAGAUCAAAUCUGUGUCUCCAGAUAUUCCAGACACUGAGUUUUUCAUCGAUAAGUCUGGGGAAAUCUCAUUUCAAGGAUGUUUGAAUUAUGAGGCUGCAGAAAUGUUCACAGUCAUGAUUGAGGCAAAGGAUCAUGGUGAGGUCGUCAGUCUGUCAAGUUCAACCACCGUUCUCAUUCAUGUCCAGGAUGGAAACAACCACCUGCCAACUAUCAGUGGACAUACAGGCUCUGGUAAAGUCAAAGAGCAUGAGACUGGGACAUCUCCUCUGCGUCUGCAUGUGACAGACAACGACAGUCCAAACAGCCAGGCACAGACAGCCAGAUUCAGCAUUCAAGGCGACGAGACAGACAGCUUUAAGAUAGAGACAGACCCACACACCAACGAUGGAGUGCUGACUGUAGUAAAACCUUUGGACUUUGAGGAUGGAGCACAGAAGGAGCUGCUCAUUUCUGUGGAAAACGAGUUGCCUUAUUUUUCCUGUAAAGUGAAGGAGAAACCGUCCUCAGGCCCGUGGAAAGUUGAUGUGACUAAAACCGACGGAGCUCAACCUCAUUCUGUGAAAGUUGUGAUUGAAAUCGAGGACGUCAACGACCCCCCGGUGUUCAGUGAGACCGUCAAAGAGGUCAUGCUGGAGGAGAACUCUCCCGCAGGAACCUGGGUAGAGAGAGUGACAGCUGUAGACCCAGACUCCAGUCACGCAAGAGACUUUGUGUACAAAGUCGGGCAUGAUCCUGCUGGCUGGGUGACAGUGGAUCCUCAGAAUGGAGACAUCACAACAGUCAAUAUACCAGACAGAGAAUCUCCUCAAGUCGUCGAUGAUGUCUACACUGUCAUACUGCAUGCUGUGGAUGAUGGUAGUCCACCAAUGACGGGCACCACAACAUUGAUCAUCCAUGUGAUUGAUCAAAAUGACCAUGUGCCUCAGUUGACAGACAACAUGCUGCAUAUAUGUUUAUCUAAAGACACUGCCAACAUCACAGCCUUUGACCUGGAUGAAGAUCCCUUAGGAGGACCUUUCACAUUUGAACUGCUGGGGGACGUGGAAGGAAAAUGGAACCUAAACCCCUCCCAUGGGUACACAGCCCACUUGGUAAAGGAGCCCGGUGUAUAUGCUGGUUUACACACAGUUGAUGUGAAGGUCUCUGACAUGCAGGGAGAGUUUGGUGUUUACAGUCUCAGUGUGACCGUGUGUGACUGCUCUGUGACGCCCAACUGCCGGAUCCGUCGAAACACCACCGCAAUCCCUGCCUUGAGUGCUAUCGGGAUAAUGUUUGCCUCGUUGUUUUUACUCUUGAUUCUCCUACUGAUGGCAGUUGCCAUUUCCUGCAAAAAGAAGUUCACCCCUCUGCAGACCGGGGAGUCCUCUGGAGAAACCCUCCUCACCUCAAACACUGAGAUACCAGGGACGGAUUGCAAGGUUCCUGAGAAUUUCUUGGCUGUGCCCACUAACAUAAAGGAUCAGGACAUCACGCGAAGUCUGCCAGAUGGACUGCAGCUCACACAGGUAGAAGUGCAGCAGCAAAAUAUAUUCAACAGUUAUCAAAGGAAGGAAAAUCUUUAUCUAAGAAGAGACAUGAACCAGAUUGAAAAAAUGGGCUCUAAAAUUUUCAACAAAAGAAACUCAAGCUAUGCAUCAGACAGAGCCAUCUCAGAUCUGCUUCACUGGAGGCUCUCGACUGUACGGGAGAGGGAGGGAGAACGCGUUGACUAUCAGCCUCACCUCUACGCAGACGAGGGAGACAUGGACAGACUCUCAGAGCUGGACGACAUAGUCAUUCCUGACCAGGACUCAAUCCAGAAAACAUUAAGAGACUUGGGGCCAAAGUUCAACCAACUGGCUUCCAUUUGCAGGAAGUCAAAGGGUUAAAAAUUAAUGUUUCCUGCAGCCAACAUGUCGAAGCAGGAAAUAUUUUCUAACUGUACUUAAGAUUGUAAUAUUGGAUGUUUGUGGGAUAUACCACGUCAAACCAAAGAAGAGACUCACUCUGUUAAUCAUUUAAUAGCAACUGUUAAGAGUCCAACACAGUUUCUUGAUUUACGUUUUGGGGAAAAAAAAUAAACUGCUGUCCUCCAAAAACUAUUUGGAGUUACAUUUGACAGUCAAGAAAUAAAUACAAUAACCAACAAAACUAAAUAGUGUGCCUAGUGGCCUAUUAAAGGGAUAAAUUUAUAUUGGAUUUAACCAAAUCAUUACCAGUGAAUAUGAUUCCAGCAUACAGCUGUUAUUUUUAACAAAUGGCUCUCCCAAUUCAUAGAACACUUCUUUAAAGUUCAGAAUUAUCUUAAUUUAAAUCUCUGAAACAAAACAAAAUCAUAUUAUCCUUGAAAUCUUCAAAUGGGGAGAAGGGAGUAUUU